GUAGGUCCCACAUGCAAAGAGGCCAGAGUGGGUAAACCACGUGUGUCCCCUCUCCAGUUGAAACGGAAACCAUUUCUCCUGCCUGCCUUAGUGCCUUGGUUUGGUUAACUAACAGCUCAGCAUCUUCCGUCUUCUGCGCCCUUUAUAUACCUUUCUUUUCUUCUCCUCUUUUCCUCGCCAAUUCAAAUUACCUUCUGACUUCCAAGCCUUCAAACACUCUCCAUUCUCUAACAAUGGUAGGAGUUUUCAAACGCUCUCUUUCAUUUCCUAAUAAACUUCCCAAUCGCCCACCAAAGCCUUCCUUCUCUCACCACAUCAGAUCCAUCAGUCUUCCCUGCAGAUCACACCCUUUGAUUUCCCAGCUCAGGGAUGCCAUUACUGAGCUCAGAAUUUGCUCUUCCAAAUUCCAUAACCGAACAUCUUCUUGGCUCUGCGAUGGUUUGUCUCGCCUUAAAGAGGUUCAUGAUUCUCUUGCUGAUAUUCUCCAACUCCCUCAAUCCCAAGAAUCCCUCCGCCGCCACCCCACUUGGGUUGAUAACCUUCUUGAAGAUUUCCUCCUAUUCAUUGAUGUUUAUGGAAUCUUCCGAACAUCGGUUUUGGCUCUCAAAGAAGAGCAGCUUGCGGCCCAGGUAGCUGUAAGGAAGAGGGAUGACUCAAAAAUUGAUUUGUACAUUAAAUCCCAGAAGAAAAUAGCUAAAGAAAUGUCUAAACUCGCCUACACAAUUGGAGAUAUCUCAUCACGACGCUCAGAUCCUGGAUUCUAUAAAUUGUCUAUCACUGAUGCUCAACUGGUUAGUGUAAUUGAAGACGUUAUUGAAGUGACAGUAUCAGUUUCAGUAGCACUUUUCAAUGGAAUCUCAAUGUCUUUGGAUUCAAGAAAAUUGUCUUGGAGGGGAGUGAUGAUGAGAUUGAAUAAGAGGGCAAAGAAAGUGAAGGUUGAGGAAGGAAUCCAAGAACUUCAACAAGUUGAUGCAGAGAGCUUGUUGGGGUUGAGAAAGAAAGAUGAAGAAGAAGUGAGAAUGAUUCUGAAGAGGAUGCAAGAUUUGGAAGGUUGCAUUGGUGGUAUAGAAAAUGGAGGGGAGAAAGUGUUCAGGAGUUUGAUUAACAGCAGAGUUUCAUUGCUGAACGCUCUCACGAAGUAGAGGCAAUGCAGAAGUAGAAUCAUUGCAUUGGGAUUCUCUAGUUGAAUUUAAAACUGUCAGACCUAAGUGUCCCAGGAUUAAACAGAUUUUCAAUAUAUAGUACUGUAUAGUCUUCAUAUUUGAAACUUAAUUUCUGUGUACAACCUUUUUUUUUUUUUUUGGUACAAUUUGCUC